AAAUAUUUAAUACCAAAUUAUUUAUUUUAUUUUGUUUCCAAUGUCUAUAGUAAUAAAAAACAUAUUAGAUAUAUUUUCAUAAAUUCAAUUUAAAAUAUUGCAUUGAAGUUAAUUUACAAAAGUGUCAAAAAAUUCAUGCAAACUCGUGCGUGGCACGGGUUAAAAUAGUAGUUGCUCUAAAAUUGGGCCUCUAUCCCAUCAUUAAUCAUGAGACACAUUAUCUAGUUCUCGGGGUAUCUCCCAAAAGUUGUGUUACAUUUCUUCUGGAACACCCGAUUUAAUUUCAGUCUAAAAUGGGCGUUCGGAUCCUUAACCUCUCCCCGAUUUCUUGUUCUAGAUCCUUCUCUUUGAAAUCCACACCCCUCUCCAGUUUCCUACCCAUCAGCCUUGUUCCUCCUUCUGCAGCAUCGAAGAAAAUCCUAUCGGAUAAAUCGUCUUCUUCUACUAGAUCUGUCCAGCCGAACAUUUCAUCAUCUAGCUUCCGCUGUUCGAGAGGCUUCAGAGCUUCAUCUGUCGUUGCCAUGGCUUCCACAGGCUCCGUUCAGAAAUCCGAAGAGGAGUGGCGCGCUAUUCUAUCUCCCGAACAGUUCCGGAUCUUAAGGCAGAAAGGGACUGAGUACCCAGGAACUGGGGAAUAUGACAAGCAUUUUGAAGAGGGAGUUUACAAGUGUGGAGGAUGUGGAACUCCUCUUUACCGGUCCACCACAAAGUUCAACUCAGGCUGCGGUUGGCCUGCUUUCUACGAGGGCCUUCCUGGUGCCAUUAACCGUAAUACUGAUGCAGAUGGGAGGAGAAUAGAAAUAACAUGUGCUGCCUGCGGAGGGCACCUUGGUCAUGUUUUCAAGGGUGAAGGGUUCCCUACCCCAACGGACGAGCGUCAUUGCGUGAAUAGUAUAUCUCUCAAGUUUGUCCCUUCAAACUCAGAUGCCCCCUAACUCCGCGAGAUAUCCAUCUAUGCAUAACAAGUCAAACUGUAUGCAGUUGGCCUCCUGUUUAAUACCGCAAAUUAUACUGGUACAUUAUUCUGAUUUUUACCAUUGUGUUACUAUCUAAUUAGAGCAUCACUAAUGGGAGUGAAUAUGGAGGGGAAUGGUUCGGGAGGGUAGGGGAAAGUGAGGGGGGUAGCACAAACUUUUACAAAAGUAUCUAAAAGAAAAAAGUGUUUUGAAAGUCAUGCGCAAUGAAACUGCAUUGACAACGUUACACCUCUCUUUACAAGUCAAGUUUACCCAUGGGAGUGAUGUAAAAAGGAAAGAGUGAAAGACAGACGGGGUCCAUUAGCUGAGUAGCUACUACUCGUCCUUCGCUAGUCUACUAUUUGUCAAUGUUAAAUAAGACAAGUACUUGAUUCCAUGUGAUGUAUUCUUAUGGGGGUGCAUUAG